ACUGUGUGCGUUACUGUGUGCGUUACUGUGUACGUUACUGCAUACGUUAAUGCGUGCGUUACUGUGUACGUUACUGUGUAUUCCUCAGGGCCGAGUGGAGGUGGAGGCUGGAAACGAGAACAUGAAGUUUGAGACAGGACCCUUCUCAUACUAUGGAGUCAUGGCACUUAGCACAGCAUCACUGGAGUUCCGUUCUCCUACUCACAGCAGUGGUCUGAACCGCUCGGCGUCGCUGAGCUGCACUGAGCGUGGCGCUCCCGGAGAAUGCAGCUCGGUAACCGCUAGCAACACGCAGCUCACCACCUGCCAGUACACACCAGACUUCUACGUACGGGCUCUUACUGACCUGCAGUAUGUCAAGAUCACUCGUUCCCAGUACCAGAACGGUCUGCUGGCGUCCAGGCUGGACAGCACCCCCCAGUCACCCGAGGGGAGCCACCCCCACCUGGACAGCACCUCCGCAUCCCUGCCGCCCAUCACCACCCCAGCCCUUCCCCGCACCCCUCUCCCCUUGGCCACCCCACCCUUCAAACACCCCCUUGCCAUCCCACAGCCCACCCCUCCUCCCACCGACCGUACCCCCUUACCCCAAACCACCACCCCCACCCAAGUCAAUCCACGCCCGGCCCAGCCCCUGCCCCAAUCCACCCCUCCUUCCACAAAAGGCACAUCUCUGCCCAAGACAACCCCUUCCCCCUUCUCGGGUGCACGCACCCCUCACCCACCUCCAUCUUCCUCAUCAUCCUCUCUCCCCCACCUGCCGCAUCCCCUCACCUCGCUCCCCCCCAAACCCCCCCCUUCUGCGAGGCCAGGGGGGGAGAAUGGGCCAGGUGAGAUGACCUCUCUGCUCUCUGAGCAGCUGCAGAACUGCCUGGGUGGCACACGCAGGCCCAGCUACCCACAAACACACACACAACACCCUCACACACACCAACACCCGCACACACAUGUGCACACCAUCAGUCACGCACACACCGAGAGCACCAUCUGACAACUACCCCUGCGGGGGGGUUUGUUAAGAUGUGUUAAAAUAAAUACACACACACAUUCCGUUCUCAAGUUCUGUUGGCCCUGACUGACACUAUCCCUGGAGCACUGGAGGAUUCUAAGGAGCAAGGUGCAUUAUGGGAAUCCUCCUGUCCCCUAUCCUCCCACUCUUCCCUGUCCCCUAUCCUCCCACUUUCCCCUGUCCCCUAUUCCUC